AUGGAGAGAAACAAUGAGAGCUCUGGAGGAGAUUUCAUUUUGCUUGGGUUUUCUGACCGGCCGAAGCUAGAGAUGGUCCUGUUUUUUGUCAACAUGAUCUUUUACUUUCUGGCUGUUGCUGGCAACUCCACGAUCAUCUUCCUCUCCCUGGUGGACCCUCGACUGCAUACCCCUAUGUACUUCUUCCUCAGCAACCUGUCUCUCCUGGAUCUCUGCUACACAACCAGCAGCAUUCCCCAGAUGUUGGCCAACCUCUGGGGCCCAUACAAAACCAUCACCUAUGUGGGUUGUGUCAUCCAGCUCUUUGCCUUCCUCUCUGUGGGGGGCAUUGAAUGCAUUCUACUCUCUGUCAUGGCCUAUGACCGCUUUGCGGCUGUGUGCAAGCCGCUUCAGUACAUGACCAUCAUGCACCCGCAACUGUGCCUGCAGUUGGCAGCCUUUGCAUGGCUUAGUGGCAUUGCCAACUCCGUCUUGAUGUCCCCACUGACGAUGUCCCUGGGGCGGUGUGGUCACCGCCGCAUCAACCACUUUGUGUGCGAGAUGCCGGCUAUCAUUCGAAUCUCUUGCGUGGACACCAGUCGGGUUGAAGGCCUGGCUUUCUUCCUGGCCAUUCCCAUCGUUCUUGUGCCUCUCACCAUGAUACUUGUCUCCUACGGUUACAUCGCAGCUGCGGUGCUGGGGAUGCAGUCUGCAGCCGGGAGGCAAAAGGCCUUUAACACCUGCUCCUCCCACAUGGUCGUGGUAUCUCUUUUCUACAGCAGCAUCAUCUACAUGUAUAUGCAGCCUGGGAAUAUAGCGAGCCAGGACCAGGGCAAGUUCCUCACCCUCUUCUACUGCCUGGUGACCCCCACCCUGAAUCCCUUCAUCUACACGCUGAGAAACAAAGAUGUGAAGUGCGCCAUGCGGAAGCAAAUGCAGCUUCACAAAGCUAGCAAACAGAGUCUACCUAUAGGAGAUAAAUAUUAA